UCGUUUUCCCUCUGAAUCCCCACUUCCCAAAUGUCAACACAAAACAGCUGACGGAGGACGGCUGUGUUGUUCUAGUGAGCGUUUACUCUUGUUUGUGAUUUUAUCCUCUUCACCAUGGACAGUAAGGAUAAGGAUCAUAUCCUGAGCUUAAAGGUAAUGCGCCUCACUAGACCAUCCCUGUUCACGGGAUUAGCCAUCGGAUCUGAUGCCCGAGACUUACCUGGGGAUUACCUCAAUGCAGACAUCCGGUCAGACAUUGCCAUUCCCCAGGGCAUCCCAAACACAGGAGUGGGACACAUGCUUCUUUUGCCUCAGAGCUUUGGAAAUAUAUAUUUGGGUGAAACUUUUUCCUGCUGUCUAUGUGUUCACAAUGAUGGAAAUGAAGUCAUUCGUGAAGUUUCAAUUAAGGCUGUGCUUCAGAUGAGUAAUCAGAGAGUGCCUCUUCUGGGAGAGGAGGAGAAUGAAUCACUACAUCAGUUGGAUGGUAAUGCCACUAUAAAUGAGGUUAUACAACAUGAAGUUAAAGACAUUGGCACACACAUUUUGGUCUGUGCAGUUAGCUAUCUUUCACCAGCAGGAGAUCGUCUUAGCUUUCGCAAGUUCUUCAAAUUCCAAGUCAUGAAACCCCUUGACGUGAAGACAAAAUUCUACAAUGCUGAGGAUUAUGUUUCAGAUGAGGUGUACCUGGAGGCUGGAGUGCAGAACAUCACCUCCGGACCACUGUGCUUGGAGAGGGUCGAGCUAGAACCUUCGCCCUUCUUUUCAGUUACUCCAAUGAACACCUUGGCUCAGGAAUCUAACUCACUGGUUUUUGGCCGGAUGAAUGUUGUCAACCCUCAUGACACACGACAAUACCUUUAUUGUCUAAAGCCAAAGCCAGAAGCGCGUAUGAAUCUGUCUUUGUUACGGCAAGCUACAGCCAUAGGCAAGCUUGACAUUGUAUGGCGAACUAACAUGGGUGACCGUGGGAGGCUGCAAACAAGCCAGCUUCAGAGAAUGGCACCGCAAUAUGGGGAUGUGAGAGUUACAGUAGAAAAGAUACCCAAUGUUGUGCAGUUGGAAGAGCAAUUUUCUGUUGGCCUGUCUAUCACAAAUAUAUGUGAAAGAAACCUAGAGCUGCACUUAGACUUCCUAAGUGGUGGCGGUGGCUCUGAAUGGAAUGGAGUUAGUAGCCGGAGUCUACCACAGCUUCGACCUGGAGAGUCCACUUCACUCUCGCUUUCUCUUGUUCCUCUCCAUACAGGGUUACAGACAAUUGCUGGGGUUCGUUUGACAGACACCUUUCUUAAACGGACAUAUGACUAUGAGAACCUUGCACAGGUGUUUGUGACGAAUGAGAAGACAAAAGAAAAGGAAGAUUUCUUCUCUGCUUGGAUAAACCAACCUGUUUAAGUCUAUCCUUUGAACUUGUAGUUGAGACUAGAGUAUUAAAACAAAUGUAAAUAUCUGUAUAUGGCUUGCUGUUAUGAGAGAGUUUGAGUGGAAAAAUUUGAUUAGUACAUAGAAAGAGAUUUGAAGAUUGAAGUGUAUUUUCCAUUUCUGUGUUGACAUUCCAGAUAUGAAUGUUUGUUCAUCUUCAUAAAGUCUGCUUUAGAAAGCGAGUUAUUACAAAUUCAGCCUUUGCCUAAGAUAUUACUUAUUGAGAUGCAACUGCUCUUCUCGGUAUGUAAUCCUAAGGAUAUUUUGAAAAUUGCUUGUCUGAAUAUUUAUUAUGAGAUUUGUUUGUUGUAUUUUAUUGUUUUUUAUGAAUUAGUGUUGAAAACAAAUAUCAAAGCACUUUGUUCAGUCUAUCUUGUAUAAAAUAAUGUUGCAUAUCUUGUUUUAUUUAAUCAUGGUUUCAAUGUUUUAAAAGUUUAGUCAAUUAGUAUUCAAUAUAUUUGAAUUGAGUAACCAUUUGCAAUAGCCAAUUACUAUAUAUUGCCCUUUCUUUGCUUUCUUUGUACUGAAAUGUUUUUAUAUGGAUCUAUAUUGAAUGAAUGCAUUAUGCAUAGUAUAUAUUUUAAUUACCCAUUCUUUAUGUAUAGAGAUAUGACCAUUGGGCCCUUUUAAACUUUUUUUUUUCUCAUUUUACCUGUUACUAGUCCUCAUUUAGACCUUAACCAUGUUGGAAAAUGCAUGUACAAUAUCUGGAUGCCAAAUUUAUUACCAUUAUUUUUAUCUAAAGCAUUAGUACGUUUGUUGUUGUUUGUAACUGGGUGUUACUUCUAUGAUGUUAAAAUAUGGACUUCUGUUUAAUCAUAUUUUCACCAUAAUAAGUUUUAAAUAUUUUGGUUGGUGAUUAGGGCUCUUAUAUUUCAUUCAAGACACAGACAUUACAUAACUAAAUUGGGUCUGAAAGAUAUGCUUUUAAUAGUAAUACUUCAGAUAUGAAACACUAAUACAGUCUGUUUUGCUGUUAAUGCUGCUUAUUAGUAUAUGGGAAAAUACCUAAGGUUAAUUUCUAACCAAUGCUAUAUAUACUUUAUAAAUCAUUCUAAUGCUUGGAAAUUAUUAAGACAAAAACAAGAGGAGUACAGGUUGUUGGGUUAAAGCACCAGUAAUUUAUUCAUUGUUAACAAAGGCCGGUACAAAAUGGACAAUGUGCGACUUGCAACAUGCACUAGUUACAACAAUACUAGGAUACUCUUAGCUCAAGCCUGAGGUUGAGGGCCUGAAUUCUCAAGUCUCGCAUGAUGUUAUGGAAGUACUUUUUACCUAACUCAUAGUGCAAAAAAUCUAGGAUGUCAAAUGCUACUCCCUUCUUAGGUAAAAAUAUUUCCUAGGAAUAAGGAUUCUAUCAGUUGGAGAUUCAUUCUAUAAUAGAAUUAGUCCAAUUUACCCUAAGUGCCCAAUGUACAAGUGAUUAGAAUGUGCAUUUUUUUCUCUGUCGUAUGCACUGCUGGUGUGAUUAGUACUGCAAGACAAGACUACUAUGGCAGGUGUCUCUGAAAAUGAAAAAUUAUAAGGAGAGCAUGGUUUAUUAUAUUUUUAAGUGGAGGUUUAUAUUUUGUCCAAUAUUGUUUGAUAUUUAAAUAGAAGUGAGUGAAUAAUCUUUUUAAAUAGACAGUAGCUUGAGUUUAUUAUAAUGCUCAUAUUUACUGCAGGUUCUUUUGUAGGAACAGAUCCUCCUCCCAAAAAUGAAAGCUCAGUCAAACCACAUGUAGUGGCUACCAAAAAUGGUACAUAGCAGUACUAUUUCUGUCAAAAUCCAACACUUGGGAAUGUUGUUUAGCCUCUUGUAAGUCAUUCUAAAAACCCAAACCACAGCCUUAUUCAAAACCAGAACCAUAUCUCCUUUACAAAUCACGUAUCUCAGCAAUUUCUUUCAUGAGUCUCUCAACUUUGCCACAUUAAUUUGUCAGGCACUCCUACAAAUCCUCAUUUUUAUUUUAUACCACAACCCUGAGUAUUCUCACCAUUAGCUCUUUCUAUGUAGUUCAACUGAUAAUCUUUAGUUCACCCUCUGUCUUGCAUGAAUACACUUUCUUUAGCAUUCACUCUUAGUGGCAUUUGAAUUAUAACUAAUGUUUCUUCCCCUGCAUUCCAUUAAAUAAAAAAUCUUGUAUUGCAUUAUUCAGUGACCCUUAUAUUUAUCAUAAUUACUAAUUGAUGGAUCUCUAUACACCUUUCCUUUGUGAAUCAUGAAUAUAAUAACUUAUAUGAAUAAUAAUAUGAAUAUGAGCUUUUAAAAAGUACAUUAUAAUGUUUUGGGGGCACUUACAGCCCCCAAAAUGGGGCAAAAAUAAU